AUGGCGAGGCUCAGCUUUGGAGCUGUCCCCACACCGCGCACGCGCACUGCACAGCCGCUGCCUCGGCUCGGAAAGAGACUGCGGGGCCCCGCCUCCGGGCGCCGCCUUUUGAAGGACAGCUCGCGCCUCCCUUCCCCGGAUGUAACCUUCCGCCGGGAGAAGAAAAGAGUCCCUGGAGACGGGGGCUGUGUGGAAAGGCCCUGGGUUUGCUGUAGGGCUGGAGGCCGUCUCUGCAGCUCUGGGUUGCAAGGAGGGCGGCGGCCAGGAGGUGGCGCUGGCGCGUUGCGAACCGCAGGCGCCGGGGACGCUCUAGCGGCGCGGACUGAGGCGCUUCCGGCCUCCCUCGCGAGGAGCAGCAGCAGCAGCAGUGCCGCCGCCGCCGCCGCCGCGAGUGGGCCGGAGCGGAAACGGUGGCGGCGGGGAGGAAGGAAGUGGAGAAGCAGCGGCGGCGCCAUGGCGGCCAGGGGCAGAGCGGUGCUGCUGGCCUUCGUGCUGCUCCUCCUGGCGGGACCCGGAGCCUGGUCGGCGCGGAGCCGCGGCGCCGACAAGCAGAACAGCCUCCGCCGGGCGGCGGGCAGCGUCUACCAAGGCGUCAGCGGCCUCUUCGGCGAGGAGAACGUGCGCGCCCUCCAGAAGUUCUUCUCCAGACUGACGGAACGAUUUGUAUACGGCGUGGAUGUCCUCGUAGAUACAUUCUGGAGAAUCUGGGCAGAUCUUCUGGAUGUCCUUGGGAUUGAUGGUUCCAACGUGGUCCAUUAUUUCAGCCCUGGGUCCCUUGCCAACAAUCCAACCCGCGCUCUUCUGCUGAUCGGGGCUGUCCUGCUUGCCUAUUGGUUUGUGUCCCUCCUCCUUGGCUUCUUCUUUUAUCUCCUGCACGUCCUGUGUGGCCGAUUCUUCUGGAUUGUCAGGGUUGCCCUCUUUGCGCUCUCCUGUGUGUAUAUCCUCCAGAAGUAUGAAGGUGAGCCCGAACUUGCCGUGCUUCCCCUGUGCUUUGUGGUGGCCGUCUAUUUCAUGACUGGGCCAGUGGGUUUCUACUGGAGGAGGAACAGCCACAGCACCCUGGAGGAGAAGAUCGACCACCUCGAUAGCCAAAUCAGACUCCUGAAUAUACGUCUUUCCCGCGUGAUUGAGAACUUGGACAGAGGCAGCGACCAGUGAAAGAAAAGAUUGCGUUCACCUUCGACACCAGCUCUCUAGGAAACUUCCAAGCACUCUCGCUAGUUCGUAAAAAGUUAGCAAAGCAACAAGCCAACACUGGAGUAAGCAAUGUGCAACAUUAACCCGUUAAGUGUUAAAAGUAGUAAUUUUACCUAGAUAAUAAACUGAAAGGGAAAGAAAAAAAUGUUACAUUUGUAAGAUAACAUUCUUGACCUGUAUAUUCCGAGAUUUUCUUCCAUGAGUAGAAUUUUAUCCAAUUACUUUUUUCAAGCAUUUAAAACAUCUUUUGUAAGUUUCAAGAAAAGGGUUUUUAUAACGGCACAUUGACUAGUCUGUUUGAAAUUAUUUUUAAAAAUCCUAUAUAAGCUUUCGGCAGGUUUGACGUUUUAAAAGAAGGAAGAAAGUUUAGCGCUCUACCUAAUACUUCCGCCCCGUGGAGGGGGUCCGCUGCUCAUUUGUAUUCUUAGUUUUGCUUCUUUUUUGUGCACGUGUUCACUGGUGACUGAUUUUCAUUGCCUUGUGUUGCCUUUUCAUGUAAUCGCAAAAGGAAGUGUUUCUUAGCAAGAUGAGAAGAUUGUUCAGCAUGGCUUUUAAUGGCAGUGGAGGGCCUCCUUGGAACAUACGCCCUUUACAACCCCAAAGAAGUGUUUCUUGUGUGCGUAUAUUCUAACAUUUUAAACAGCAUCCUUGAUGGAUGAUGCACAAGGUUUUCUCCUUUUUGUAAUAGUUUCCCCAGUUCACUUCAGUGAAGAGGGUAGACAGAAAAAUGCCUCCUUGUUCUGUUGUUAUGAAUGGUUGAACUCUAGCACAAGUGGAUUUGGCUAUUCAGUACAGGAGAACUGAAGUGCAUCCUUCUGUCUGCUGUAGUAAAUAGCAGAGAUUUCUAGAAUCUUUCCUGCAGAAGCCCUCUCACUGUUAAUCCAGUGAAAAUCAAAGGCAUUAUUAUGCCGAAUGAAAUGUCUACUUAUUGUGGCAGAGGAUAAGCAGAGCCUGUUUAAACAACAGCAAAACUAGAUAUAUAAAAAUGCUGGAAAGAGCAGUAAUAGAAAACGAGCAGAGUCGACUUUGUCUUUGCAAUAAAAUAUUCAGAGCAGAAGUAACUUCCAUAUCAGUUAUUGAAUAAAUUCUUAUGAAAUAUAAAUUAUGAGGAAAAAAUCCAACCACCUCAGGAUCCCUAAUGACUUCAUUUUUAAAAAGACGAUGGGUAAAAUAACACUGCAAAAACAGUGUUUCUCAGGACCAGUGAGUGGCAAUAAAUGAAGUAAAAUGGGAACUCACACCUUCAGGACAAUGUGGUGCUUUUUUGGCUUGGUAUUGGUCUCUAGAGAGUACAGUUGCCAAGUCAGGAGAAACAUUGAACUUAAGGAAUCCAUAGCAAUUGUUUGCAAGGAGGACAUUGUGAAUUAUGGCGUGGCAGCAUAUAGUUGUCUACAGAAAAAAUACUUUUUUUUGCUUCAAAACCAAAUGCUUCCCAACCCAGCAUCACUUAGUUUUUUUUUGUUGCGUUUUGGGGGGGGGGGGGGGGGGGUUGGAAAAAAGUAAGGAACCCUAUCUGUGAGAGUUCACAAUUCCUCGUGCAUGAAGGACUAUGCAGUAUUUAGCCAGUGGAAUUCUUUUGGCUGGAAGAAACCGGAAUGAAUGGAGUAUAAUGUGGUUUUAAUGUGCUGCUUACUUUGACACAAUGAUUGGCAUUUCAGAUUUUCACAACACCCAAUUGGCUAGUAGGUGUUUUUAAGUGUUUCAGCGUUCCUGGAAAGUUGGCUUCCAGACACGCAUCUUCCUCUUUCCCAUGCUCUGCUUCCAAUUGGAUCUGGAUUUCUCCUGAUCUGAGAUUGAACUAUUUUCUGAAUCAAUGUACAGAGGACCAGAGUAGUGUAAUCAACUACAGUUGGUAAGAUGUCAGGCACUGGAUUUCUUGUUCUUUUUUUGUUGAGAAAAUACCUGUGAAAACUUUACUCCUCUUGCUCAAAAUCACCAUGGUGGUGUUGCAUGAAGAAUGUAUAUAUUUUUAUACGUAAAGCAUUUCAUUGUAUUGUAUAAGAUUAAUGUUGAGAGGAAUAUUGAUGUAAUUAUUUCCUGCACUAUACUUUGGCAGUAUCUGUAAAACUGGUUUCUUAUCCCACUCGUAUAUGGUUUGGUUUUAAAAUUAGACAGGAGCACAAACUAUUGUCCAGUGUACUUGAAAAGUGUUCUGACCGUUCUCACAUUCUUCAGCUGUUCUCCUUUCAAAUAUAUGGUAUUUGGCUUGCAUUGUUUUCCCCCUCAAGCUCUAUAAAACAUAGGCACUGCUUUCCUGUCAGUGACUGCUCUCUCUCUGACUUCUUUGUAUGGGUAGCAGUCAGAUUUCUCCAUUUUUGUCCCGCUGCUGUAUUUAAAACUGGGGGCAUUUUAUAGAGAAGAGGGUGCCUUUCUAGCUAUUUAAUGGAUGGAUACAGUAAGAGGCAAUUUAAGUGACACAGUAUCAACAUCCAGGUCUUUUCCUGUGAUCAUGAGCUUUGCUAUUGGGACUUAAGAGUGGACUCAGGUUGGAUAUAUCAGGCAUUUUCCUUAUUCUUCUGUAUUCAAUUCAACUAAAGCAGUGGUGUCAAAUUUGUGACCCUCCACGUGUUUUGGACGUCAACUCCCAGAAUUCCUGCCCAUUUGACAAGCUGCUAGAGCUUCUGGGAGCUGGAGUCCAAAACACCUGGAGGACUACACAUCUAAAACCUCUGACUUAAUGUAAUUCCUUGCAACUCAGCCCAUUUUGCUCAAAAUCGAAGGCAACCAAAUGCACACUAGUACAUCAGUUGGGAAGUUUAGGAAUAGCAUUCCCAGUCUCUUGAAUUAUGAUCAGGAGGCGUUUGUGUCUUCCUCGUAAAAUUCCUUGCUUGGUUAAUAUUCAUUUUGCCUCUCUGCUUUAAUGCUACAUCUGCAUUGGUGCUAUCACUGGUUAAUGCUAACUAGAAUUAUCUUUGUAAGGUAACAGUAAACCACGGUUAAAGGACAAAUUCUACUCUGUCUGAAUCAAACCAUAGAAAGGAGAGAGAACAGAUGCCCCAGAAAGAAAGGGUGGCAAGGAUUGGUCAAGUCUAAGUGUAUCAGUCCAAGAAUAUAUACAUAAGCUCAAAUUCCUGGCGUAGGAAAAGCAUCCACUCUUUGACCUUACUAUGCUAAAUGAGCCACUUUCAUUUCAUUCCUCAACUACUGAAAACACUUGCUUGAGAGAAGCUGAUGUUUCCUACUUACCAGGAGUUCACAGUGUGCUGUUUACACAAGAUCAGAUCCCUGUGUAGAAUAUAUUGCCAUAAUCCAUCACUAAAAAUGUAAUAAUAGCCUCAAACUGUGCAUCAACUUUGUUGAUAAAUAGAACAGAGUUCCUGUAUUUUGAAUGUAUUGCUGUUUUCGAGAAGUGAUAUUAGAUGUUUUAAGUACUGUGUACCAAAUAGCUGGAUGCCCCGUUUUGUUCUCCCAGAUAUAAUCUGCUCUCUGCUUAAUGAAUGUGGCCGGUUCCUCAGCUUCUACAGUAUUUGUUUCUUUUUCAAUGAAGGUAAUUUUUGUUUUCAUGUGACGCUUCUCCCGCCCUAACCAUCUGUAUUUGGCAGCUAAUGAUCUGUCUUGAACACGAUAGAUCCUUUCCUUUUGGUGAGCAUUGCGUUUUACUGUGUUCUGCUUGUGAAUUUCAAUUUCUUGGAUGAUUCAGUUAGCGAUGAUGCAAAGUGCCAUGUUUCGAAAUCUUCCCGUUUUUCUGUCAUAAAGCAGGAAAAUAUAUUGAUCAUAACACUGAUUAUAUGCACUGAAUAGUAGUGACUUCGUAUCCUGUUUUGAACAUACGAUCCCAAGUAUUAGGUAGGUUUUUUUAACAGUCUGUAUACCCAAAUUCUGUGUUCUAUUUAAAGAAAAUAAUUUGGUCAGGACAAAAUAUCAUGUGCAUCUUUGAUCUUUAGAAAAAUAUUAGCUGGUAAUAAUGUUGAGUAGCCAGGAAGAUCUCACAGCUAUUUUGAAAACUCAUGCCUUUAUUUAUUAUCUGAACACCAGAUCAGUGUGCUAUGAUUUAGUGAAUCGUUUGUAGACUGAACUCACAACUGGAUUAUGGUGUUGUGACCAAUUAAAGUUUAAAUGUUUACUGUAA